AUGGCAGAUUCCAGAAUACCGAACGAUGGGUAUAUAUACCCCCUUCGAGCUCCUGCUCAACGACCUCAACUCUACGACAACACUCUCAAACAAACAACCAUCGAAAUGGCUCUCUUCCCUCGCACCGGUGACUUUGCUCCUCUCUUCCGUCUCUUAGACGACUAUGACCUUCACCGUUCCGGACGUGGCGGACAAUCUCAAUCAUCCAUCACCAGCUUCGCGCCGCGCUUCGACGUCCGCGAGUCCAAGGAUGCCUACCACCUCGACGGAGAGCUCCCCGGUAUCGCUCAAAAGGACAUUGAAAUCGAAUUCUCCGACCCUCAGACCUUGACCAUCAAGGGUCGCGCCGUCCGCGAAUACCACUCUGGCAACCUCGACAACGAGGGUGAAAACGCCAACGCUCCCAAGCCCGCUUCUGUCGAGGAUGCCAACGAUAAGGACAACAAGGCUGUCCAGAAGAGCUCCGACAAGAAGGAAGUCUCCAAGAACAGGGACAACUACAAGUACUGGGUUAGCGAGCGCUCUGUCGGCGAAUUCCACCGCUCAUUCAACUUCCCAAGCCGCGUUGACCAGGAUGGAGUUAAGGCUAACUUGAAGAACGGCAUCCUCUCUAUUGUCGUUCCCAAGGCUGCUCCUCCUUCCAGCCGCAAGAUCAACAUCGAGUAA